UCUCGUCAUGAAGACUUGCUUUAACCCAAAUCGAGUGAUUAAUUUGUCAAGUGAUCUUCAGCAAGUGGGGGCAGCUUCUGUUCAGAUUCAGGAUACCCUGAGCACAGUACUACAGUAUGCAGAAGAUGUGCUGUCUGGGAAAGUGACUGCUGACAACACUGUUGGUCGCUUCCUGAUGGAUCUUGUUAAUCAAGUUCCAAAAAUUUCGCCAGAGGACUUUGAGACUAUGUUGAACAGCAACAUCAAUGACCUGCUGAUGGUAACCUAUUUGGCAAAUCUUACCCAGUCGCAGAUUGCACUCAAUGAAAAAAUCUUAAACCUGUAAUGAAAUCUUAACCAUCUAUUAACAAGACCACCUAAAGAAACAGUGGAACUUCUUUGCACAGUCUAGACUUUGUAAUUGGAUCCUAUCUUCUGAAGUGACUGCUGAAUUAAUCUUUCUCAUCACUUUUUUUCCUCUUCUAAGUAUGAUCAGAAAGGUGAUGAUCAUUAAAAACCAUCAAGGAAUUGCUAAG